GAGACACGUCAGAUUUUUCUCUAGUUUCUUUCCAAUCAGGGCAAGUGCUAAGGUUCUCUUUGAAAAUUAAAUUUAAAGGAAAAACAAUCGAGCAUUCAUUCGCAUCAAUCAAUCUUGAAUAUCAAAUCCGUGAUUUCAACUAUUUAUGAAAAUAGUUUAUCGAAAUACUGAACAUUAUGAAAGCGUUAUUGGGAUACGGCGUAGUUAUGGCAGCUAUGCUUGUCGUGUGGGCAAUUUCAAUUCACGCCUUACCUGUAACUAAAACGAAAAAAGGCGAAUACGAAGCAACGAGUGCUCCGGAGACUCCUGAUGUUGAAACAGCUUUGGAAUAUGAGCGUUACUUAAAAGAGGUGGUAGAGGCUUUGGAAAGUGAUCCGGACUUUCGUAAAAAAUUAGAUAAAGCUCCUGAAGCAGAUAUUAGAAGCGGAAAGAUUGCUCAAGAGUUGGAUUAUGUAAAUCAUCAUGUACGCACAAAAUUGGACGAAAUUAAACGACGUGAACUGGAACGUUUACGUACUCUGGCCAAUAAACAGUACGAGCUGAGUAAUGAUAUCGAUCGGGAUCAUCUUAAGGUUCCGCAGCAUUUAAAUCAUGCCAAUGAGCAUUCUUUUGAAAUUGAGGAUUUACUGAAACUGAUUAAGAAAACGUCGGAAGACUUGGCCGAAGCUGAUCGUAAAAGACGAGCCGAUUUUAAAGAAUAUGAAAUGCAAAAAGAAUUCGAACGUGAAAUGGCUUUACAGGAAAUGAACGAAGAACAGCGUAAAGAAUUCCAGCGUAAGCAAGAUGAAUUAAAACAAAAGCAUAAAACACAUGAGAAAAUUCAUCAGCCAGGAAACAAAGCACAAUUAGAGGAAGUAUGGGAAAAGCAAGAUCAUAUGGACCGACAAGAUUUCGAUCCUCAUUCUUUCUUUAUGAUUCAUGAUGUGGAUGGAAAUGGUUUUUGGGACGAGAAUGAGGUGAAGGCGCUAUUUAUUAAAGAAUUAGAUAAAGUGUAUCAAUCUAAUAUGCCCGAGGAUGAUAUGCGUGAACGAGCUGAAGAAAUGGAACGCAUGCGAGAACAUGUUUUCCAAGAAAGUGAUACUAACCGUGACGGGUUGAUUAGCUUCCAAGAAUUUUUGGAUCAAACUAAGCGCGAAGAGUUCAACCGAGAUUCUGAAUGGCAAACUGUUGAUCAGCAGCCACAAUAUACCCACGAAGAGUAUUUAGAAUUUGAGCGUCGUCGCAAAGAGGAAAUCGAUCGGAUGAUUGCUCAAGGAAUGCUCCCGGCCCAUCCUAAUAUGCCUCAAGGUUAUUAUCCAAAUAACGCACCAGGAGGAUAUCAACAGAAUCCAUCAGGCCAUCCUCAGCAGCGGCAAAUGCAUUACCAGCAAGCUCAACAGCAAAUACCAAACCAGCAACAAUAUCAACAUCAUCAAAAUCAACCGCAACAUUAUCAGCAUCAACAACGUGAACCGCAACAAUAUCAACCGAUUCAACUUAAUCCUAACCAAGUUUACCAACAUGUGCCCGCUCAACAAGAACCAGAAAAUAUCCCUAAUACAUCUGCACAUCAGCAACAAAUGUCAAACAAAAUACCAUCACAGAAUAAACAGCAGCCAGCUGCGUAUAAUCCGUUACCGCAGCAACAACAACCAGUUGGUCAUAACAUUUCACCACAAGAACAAAACAACGUCCGAGCAGCCCAGCAAUCCCAGAUCGCACCAAACCAGCCACAACCAUUGCUAAAUAAUAACAUUCCACAGCAACAACCCUUGAAUGCCGACGCCAUGUUACAGUCACAACAAAACAUUCCAAAUAAACAAUAAAUAUAUUGCUGCUUAUCAUCAUUCUUAAUCAAUCGGAACGCAUUUCUAUAGAGCUGCACUUGUUGCAAUAUGAAUUCCGUCAUUUUUAAUAACAAGCUUUCGACUCAUAACACAAUUUUCACAUUUUAGUCCCCCGAGCAUUUCAUUUGUUUUCUGUCUUAUUGAUUUUUCCUAAUUUGUUUUCGGAAAUUUUGCAUUUCUGAUCUGUACAUAAACUAUUGAUUUGCUUCUUUGUGAUACACUUUCAGAAGGCAAUUAGGAUACUUCUUUCCUUUAUGAUUAGCCCUAUUAUGUAUUUAUGAAAUUUUUUUUUUUUU